AUGGGCUUAAACAAUCCAACUUUAGAGCUAUAAGCUGAAGGCUAAGACAAGAAAUUCAUUUAGAAAAUUAACAAAGCAAGACUGAUGACUUUCCUUGUCAAGGUCAAUUUUGCUUCUUCUAAGAUUUAGAAAGCUUACAAGAAUCUCAAGAAGAGGAGAUAGUUUUAUAAAACUCUUUAGAGCAUGAAUCAAGCUGGUGCUGGUGCAGAAAAAUCUGAGUUCCUUGAAUUACUUAGUAAACUCUAACUACAAGACGAGUAAGACGAAUAAGACUAAUGA